AUGGCUACUGCUAGAGGUCUCUUUAGUUACCAUCCAAAAUGUAAGAAAAUAGGGCUCACUCACCUUUCAUUUGCUGAUGACUUAUUGAUAUUCUGUAAGGCCAAUGUAGAAUCUGUCAUUGAAGUCAUCUAUGUUCUUGAUCACUUUUAUGAAUUGUCUGGACUGAAUCUAAAUAGUGCUAAAAAACUUUCUGAGAAAGAUUGUGACCCUCUUAUUGCUAGUAUUAAAGCAAGACUCACUAUAUGGUCUGUAAAAAAAUUGAGUUACGCUGAAAGACUGGAACUCAUAAGAGCAGUUUUGUUCAACAUUGUUAAUUACUCAGGGGCAAGAGUUAGCUUGACCAAAAUCUAUCAGCAAAAAUCAGAGGGAGGACUUGGACUGAACAACCUUAAAAUCUGGAACAAAGCCUGUAUGAUUAAGCUCAUAAAGAAUAUAUUGGCUAGAGGGGGCUCUUUAUGGGUAGCCUGGAUUAAUUCCUAUGUUAUACGGGAUAGCAACUUGUGGCAAUUGGUAGGAAAUGCAAACUAUAGUUGGGGUUUAAACCGAAUACUCAAGCUACGAACUGAAGUAACCAUAUCAAUCUUGAAUGGUGCUCUUUCUAUAAAGGAUAUUUGGCAGGAGAUAAGGGUGAAGGAAGAAAAAGUUCCACGGCAUUCUUUGAUAUGGUUUCCACAACAUGUUCCCAAACACAGCAUGCUAGCCUGGAUGACCACCCUCGACAGAUUGUCUACUCGCGAUCGCCUGCAGCGUAUGGGAAUUACUACUGAUGGGAGUUGUGUACUAUGUAAUGAAGCUAUGGAAACCAGAAAUCACAUGUUCUUUGAAUUUUCCAUUGUUUAUUUCUAUGGAACAAAAUUCUGA